AUGAACGGACGCGUCCCGGGCGUGGAAGGCUUUGGAACAGCUAAGCCAUUUUACCUGCUUUACAUCAAACGAGCGGAGCUGUACUUCCCAGGGCUAAACGGUGCCUCAGGAAAUGUACUGAAGGUCCCACCCAGCUGCAUUCGACCUGCUUUGUAUUGGUCCUGCUUUUCUGUCCGGGGAGGAGUAAGGUUUGUCUUUAUCAGUAAGACAGCGCCCCUGCCUGAGCGCUGUGGUGACCGUCUGCAGCGCACGCUGGUAUUCACUCGCAGUGUUUGUAUACAGGAGCCUCGUUUGAUCGGGACCCGUACAGAGACUCUCAGUUACCGCGACGCGCAACACUGCAGUACAAGAGCAAGAGAGCUGUGUGAACCCAACCCAUGUGAGAAUGAGGGAGUGUGUCUGACAUCCAUCAGCAGUGAGGCUUUCACAUGUGAGUGUGCCCCAGGGUUCACUGGGCCUACCUGUGCCAGUCGUAUGGAGGUUGCAGCAGAUGGUGAGGACCCUACUCCAGCAGGACCUUGCCAUCCAAACCCCUGUCACAACGGAGGAGUGUGUGAGAUCAGUGAGACCUAUCGGGGCGACACCUUUAUAGGAUAUGUCUGCAAGUGUUCCCCCGGCUUCAACGGAAUCCACUGCCAACACAAUGUUAAUGAAUGUGAGAAGGAUCCGUGUAAAAAUGGAGGUAUUUGUACAGAUCUGGUUGCUAACUACUCCUGCGAAUGCCCUGGAGAAUACAUGGGGAGGAACUGCCAGUACAAAUGUUCCGGACCGCUCGGCAUGGAGGGUGGCAUCAUCUCCAACCAGCAGAUCACCGCGUCCUCAACUCACCGUGCCCUAUUUGGCCUCCAGAAGUGGUACCCCUACUUUGCCCGCCUCAACAAGAAGGGCCUAGUGAACGCCUGGACGGCAGCCGAGAAUGACAGAUGGCCUUGGAUUCAGAUAAACCUACAGAGGAGGAUGCGGGUCACGGGUUUGAUAACGCAAGGGGCCAAACGCAUUGGGAGCCCAGAAUACGUCAAGUCCUACAAAGUGGCCUCCAGUGACGACGGCAAGAACUGGAGGACGUACAAAGUGAAGGGCACAGACGAGGAUAUGGUGUUCCGCGGGAACGUCGAUAACAACACCCCUUAUGCUAACUCCUUCACCCCUCCUAUCGAAGCCCAGUACAUACGAAUCUACCCCCAGGUGUGUAGGAGGCACUGCACACUGCGAAUGGAGCUCCUGGGCUGUGAGCUCACAGGCUGCUCUGAGCCGUUGGGAAUGAAGUCUGGACACAUCCAGGACUACCAGAUCACGGCAUCCAGCAUUUUCCGAACCCUCAACAUGGACAUGUUCACCUGGGAACCCGGGAAAGCCCGACUGGACAAACAGGGCAAGGUCAAUGCUUGGACAUCAGGUCACAGCGACCAGUCUCAGUGGCUACAGGUCGAUAUGCUCAUCCCCACCAAAAUAACUGGAGUAAUAACCCAGGGGGCAAAAGACUUUGGUCAUGUGCAGUUCGUUGGCUCAUACAAGCUGGCCUACAGUAACGACGGUGAACGAUGGCACAUAUAUCAAGAUGAAAAGCAAAAGAAAGACAAGGUGUUUCAGGGAAACUUUGACAAUGACACACACAGAAAGAACGUGAUAGAUCCGCCAAUCUACGCCCGUUACAUCCGCAUCCACCCGUGGUCGUGGUACGGUCGGAUCACCCUGCGUGCCGAGUUACUGGGAUGCACAGAGGAAGACUAA